UCAUUACCCACCCUAGUUUUUUUCUUGCCUCUCUAUCCUUGGUAGCCCGAAUUGCAGCAUAUCUGUAUUUUCAGUGAAUACUUAUUUGUUCUGUGUGUAUUUUCCCAAACCCGGAAAGUCAGUGCGGCUCAGAAGGAGCAGAAGGUGAGUUCCACAGGCAUAAUGAAUGACUCAAAACAUCCUACGUUCACUGUGAUAUUCCUGAUUUUCCUGCUGGUCAUUCUCAUUGUGGCUCUGAUAUACCUGUAUAAGAAGCUGAACCGGGAAGCAGAUGGCAAGUACACGGUGCAUGAGCUCAUCUAUGGUGAGGAUGGGGCCAGGCAACGCCUGCAGAGUGGCGUCCAGGCCCUCGAAAACUUCCUGGGAAUCCAGAUUUGGCCCCGCAAAAGAGAAGACGCAGAUGGAGAAGACGUAGAGGAACAGAGAGAGGAACAUCAGGAGGACAGAGUGGAGGUUCCUGACAUUGAGAAGUGUCAAGAGCAUGAUGCAAAGAGCCUGGACGAAAAGGCAGAAGAGGACUCUGAUGACUAUUCCAGCAUGGAAGGGGUCGACCUGCAAGAAAGGGCAAAGCUGAAGGAGAACAAGGAGGAGGGAGAGAAAGAGGAAGAGGAGGGUGAAGGAGGUGGUACUGCCUCGGGGGUUGGUGGUGGACUUUUGGUGGACUUGAAGCAGUUUUCAGGUAGCGUAAUCUGGCAGGAGGAGGCGAAGACUGAAGUGACGGUAGACAGCUGUGACAUGACUGCCCUGUGAAACAUGGAGCCUACAGAUUGAUAGCGACGCCAACACACAUAGGUUGGUGAUUAUGUGUAGAUAUAGGUGUGUCUGUAAGGAAUACAGAGAAACAGCAGAGGGAGGAACAGAGAAACAUGAUGUUGUAAGGUAACAGUGGUCAAUGUUGUUUUGUAUAGGAUAGGAUAUUUUUGCUUUGUACAGUUUUCUAGUUAAUUUACAUGUGUUUUAUACCAAAUUAAUGUAUUUUAACAAUAAAAAAAUUUUUUAAAGGAA